CCUAGUUGCCCCCCUUCUCCAAAGCCGGCGGCGCUUCCUCGUCUCUACGCCCCCCUUCUCCAAAGCCGGCGGCGCUUCCUCGUCUCUACCAGAGAGAGAGAGAGAGAGAGAGAGAGAGAGAGGAAAGGUUUGGCCAUGGCGUGGGAGGAAGAGGGAUUGGAAGAGGAGCACGAGGAGGAUAUGGAAGCGUCGGAGGAGGAAGGGGAGGAUGUGGUGGUGGGGCAGAUGCCAACGUUCAUGGUCCCAAAGCACAUCAAUAAGCGCGCCCUGAAGAACAAGGCCCUCUCCGUCUCCCUCGACAAGAAAGCCCUCAAGGAUUUCGUGACUGGGUUUCACAAGAGAAAGAAGAAGAGGAGAAAGGAGGCGCAGAGGAUUACGCAGGAGAAGGACAGACGGAAGCGAAUCGAGGCACGCAAGAAGAGAAAGCAAGAGAAAGAGAUUGCUCUAUACGGUAAAGUCGUGUCAUCAGAAAAUGCGGAUGGUGAAGACGGUGAUGGUGAUGGGAUGGAUGCAGCUGCGCCUGAAAUCAAGACAUAUGAAGAUGGCGGGACUAGAAUAACAGUAGUCACCAGUGAAAUUACUCAUGGAGAGGAGGAUGACCAGAAAUCCGUGUCAAGGAGCUAUGCUAAGAAGAGUUGCGGUGUGGUUAGUGCCAAGAAGCAGCCCAGUUUAGGCGUGAAGAAGAAGCCGCCACCAAAGAGGCAAUUCAGCAAAAGCAAGAAGACUAAGAAGGUUGACACGAGUAGACGGAAGAACAAAGGAAAGCAUUGACGUUGCCUAUGGCUGUGGAGGGACGGGCCUGAGUUGCAUUUAUUUACUAAUCAUGCCCGUGCGUUGGGAGAGAAAAAGAAAUACACGCUAGCCAAAUAAGUAUGACUCAAUACCCUGACGUAUGAGCGUCCUCUAUUUGAACACAGUGACUCGCCAUGUUAUGAACAUGUUUUAUAAUUUGCGAACAGUUUUGUAAAAUAACUAAUAUUUUUUGAAACUGUGAAAAUUU